UGGUUAGAUGUCUCCCAAGAACUUAGCUGUUGUGUUUGCGCCUACCAUCAUGCGUGACACGAGCCUUGAGCGCGAGAUGACGGACAUGCACGCGAAGAACCUUGCGAUACAGUUUGUCAUUGAGAACAGUAACACGAUCUUCGAGGAUGCUUAGGGAGCUCGAGAUCUCUAUACGGAAAGGGCUUAUGAAGACUGUAUCGACUUUUUAACGAGACCUCCAAGUCGUGGAUUCUUGGGCUUCGCUCCCAACGAAUGAACACGAUCUAGGUUGUCAUGAAAGGAUUACUUGGGCACUGUUGGAUUCUCAAGCUCCCAGGCUGGGUUCGCUUGCAUGUGUCAUCCAACCCGCAGGGCGUUUUUUGUGCCAGGACAUUUAAUGAUAUCCAAUUCUUUUUCUCUCACGCUUGCUUGUUUGUUUGCCUGCUUGCUUGGCUGUGGCUACUUCGGCAAAUUUCUUGUGCAUAUGGUGAUGGUGGUUUUGAGGAUGGUUUAUGGCAGGCAGGGAGGAGUAUUGGUUAUCUUUGUACGUUGAUGAAAAGGGGUCAGAGGUUCUUUUCGGUAGGACGGCUCUUUAUACUCUUCACGCUCUCUGACGAGAGUGAUGGUUGUAUCUCUUUCAUGCCCUUGUUGAUGCCAGUUUCGUCGGGUUUGUAACAUAUAUCAACACCAUAUGAUCCAAGAUUAUUGAUCGUAUAUA